UGCCAUUACUGCCAGUAUUUAUGAUGGUGCGUGUUAUUACUUUGUUUAACACAGAGUUAACAAUCGAGCGACGAUCGAAACCGGAUAAAUGUGGGCCAUUUUUCAUAAACAUUAGGUCUCAUUUUUUUUGUUGGCCAACGGUCGUUGGGUGUUCUUAACAAACAUUGAAUCACGCCAUUAACAUGACCGUUAUUUAACCUCUUUAAGUCGGUUCACAUGUCGCAUCUGGCACAAUGAAAGCCUGUGUCCUUAAUUCCCAAGAUUAGAAUAGAGAUUGCAUGUGUUGGACUGCUACGUAUAAGAAGUCACAGAGUGAGCAAUAGAGAGAAAUUGUAUGAAAUAAACAACUGUGUGUGAGUGUCUGUCAGACGCAAGUCCCCACUUAAUCAGUUGAGGUUUAACAGGUUGAAUUGGUGAAGCUGAGAAUGGGCUGUAGUUGAGAUCCAGAGGGAUAAUAGCAUCAUGACUGAGGAGCUGUUCAGAAACACACAGGUGUCCAUGAAGGUGGCUGCUUUGCACUUUGUGGACUUGCCACUGUCAGUCUAUUACUCCCUUCCACAGGUGAGUCUGAGCACCGGCACCAAGAAGCUCUUUGCCGCCACUGCCUUCGGCGCGGUCUCCCUCAUCUAUCUCGCCCGACACUUCAGGAGGAGGAAGAGCAAGAAAAAAGCCAGUUCGCCUGUUGAGCAGGAAACAUUUGAGUUCCUCACCACUGUCCCCCUGAAAAAAGAGUCUGAGUAUCAAAAUCUGCCUCUGAAUUCAAAGAACUGCUACUCUUGUAAUGUGGUGUCCAAUAGUAGCCUGUACAGCAAGCUUUCUGGCUCCCUGCUGAGCCUGGCCUCUGUGAGGAGCAGGCACUCCUCCAGUAGCUCUACUUGUGCUAACGGCUCCAGUUGCUGGGAUGGAGCAGGAGAUGAUGGUGACGUCUGUAACCUGCUCAACAUCCCUGUCACAACUCCAGAGAACCUCUACCUGAUGGGAAUGGAGUUGUUCGAGGAGGCCCUGCGGCGCUGGGAACAGGCGCUAACAUUCCACAGCAGGCAAGCGGAAGAUGAUGAAAACUGUGCGUCCGUGAAGCUGGGAGCUGGAGAUGCCAUUGCAGAAGAAAGCAUGGAGGACAUCAUCAGUGUAGAAUUCAUUCGGAAGCUGGAGUCCCUGCUACAGAGAGCCUAUCGGCUCCAGGAGGAGUUUGAGGGAGCGCUGGUAUUGACAGACCCUUCAACACAUCCUAGUAACGAUAAGGACAUGGAUCUCUCGGUGCGGGAGGACUUGGAGGACACUUGUCUGAGAGAUUCAAUCAGCAUCGCCUCAACAGAUUCCUUCGUCUCUGCCGCAGAGUUAUCUGAGCACAGAGAGAUGAGGAGUGCCCAUGCGCUGGGGUCACUGUGUCAUCACCCCUUCUAUGAGGACGCUCUGCAGAUGGCUGAAGAAGGAAAGAUCUCCUGUCGAGUGCUACGAACUGAAAUGCUUGAAUGUCUUGGAGACACUGACUUCCUAGCAAAGCUGCACUGUAUACGGCAGGCAUGUCAGGUCAUCUUAUGUGAAAGAGCAACUAGAGCAUUUCUGGCUGACACAGGAAAGAGGAUAUUGUCUUCAAUAAUUGUUAAAGCAAGGAAGAGCCCAAAGAGAUUUGAGGAGGUGUUUGAAGAAAUGAUCUGCUUUCUGGAGCAAACGGACCAUUGGGAGAACACAGAAAUGGAGCUUUCUGCAAGAGGGGUUAAACAUCUGAACUUCUAUGACAUUGUUCUUGACUUCAUCCUUAUGGACUCAUUUGAGGAUCUUGAGAAUCCACCUAUCUCUAUUCAAAAUGUGGUCAACAAUCGUUGGCUCAACAACUCUUUCAAAGAGACGGCUGUUGCAUCAAGUUGUUGGUCUGUUCUGAAGCAGAAGAGGCAACAUAUGAAGGUUCAAGAUGGCUUCAUUGCGCAUUUCUAUGCAGUGUGUGAACACAUAAGUCCUGUCUUGGCCUGGGGGUUUCUAGGUCCUAAAAGUUCCCUGCAUGAUUUCUGCUGCUUCUUCAAGGAACAGGUGCUGUUCUUCAUGAAGGACAUUUUUGAUCUGGAUAAAGUGCGUUACUCUAGUCUGGACACGCUGGCUGAGGACAUCUUGCACCUGCUUCACAGACGUUCUGAACUGCUUCUUGCCUAUCUGGGCAUCGAAAUGAUCAGUCACCUAAAAGGCUGUAGUGGCACACCUUUGCACCUGCUACCCAGUGCUUUGCUGGAAGCACAGGUUCAGUGAGCUACAUCUGUCUGUCUCAUCCUCUACAUUUUCAUGGAUGUUUAACUCGUUGCCUACAGCUGCUAAGUUGACUGCACAUCAUGACUCUUGUCUUCCAAGUCUUUAUUAGUGCCAUGUUAAUGCAGUAUAAAGUAUGUGUAGUGAUUAAAAUGAAGCGGGUGAGAAGGGACAGAGAUGUAUUUUAUAUGCUUUUCAUGUGGUGUUCCAGUAGCUUUUAAUUUUUUACUUUCAAUGAAUUAUUUGCACAACAAAUGAUUCGAGUUUUUGGGUCCUUGAUGUUUUGAGACUUGAAAGCUUUCGCACUGUUGUAUUUUCAUAGUUCUGAAAAAAGGAUGAUGUUAUUCAAAAGAGAUCAAGUGAUGUCUUUAUGUAGGUCACUUAAGAGUGUCCAAACUUUUUAUGGGAAUUAAUGUUCAACACUGGCCAUGAAUUCAGUUUAGACUUCCCUACUCUUAAUGAUGCCAUGAGAAUCACGUGGAACAGCUGGCUAAGAAUUUAAGUCAUUACAUGAUCUAUUACGCAUUGUGACUUGAAGCUCAAAUAUUUGAUGUAUUCUGUAAUAUGUGGAGUUGAAGCUGUAUUUUCUUGUAUUAUAUUAAGCCAGUAUACAGGUGCUGGUCAUAUAAUUAGAAUAUCAUCAAAAAGUUGAUUUCACUAAUUCCAUUCAAAAAGUGAAACUUGUAUAUUAUAUUCAUUCAUUACACACAGACUGAUAUAUUUCAAAUGUUUAUUUCUUUUAAUUUUGAUGAUUAGAGCUUACAGCUCAUGAAAGUCAAAAAUCAGUACCUCAAAAUAUUAGAAUAUUUACAUUUGAGUUUGAAUAAAUUACCAUCCCUACAGUAUAAAUUCUGGGUAUCUCUUGUUCUUUGAAACCACAAUAAUGGGGAAGACUGCUGACUUGGCAAUGAUCCAGAAGACGAACACUGACACCCUCCACAAAGAGGGUAAGUCACAGAAGGUCAUUACUGAAAGGUGUGGCUGUUUACAGAGUGCUGUAUCAAAGCAUAUUAAAUGCAAAGUUGACUGGAAGGAAGAAUUUGGGUAGGAAAAGGUGCACAAGCAACAGGGAUGACCGCAAGCUUGAGAAUACAGUCAAGCAAAGCUGAUUCAAACACUUGGGAGAGCUUCACAAGGAGUGGACUGAAGCUGGAGUCAGUGCAUCAAGAGUCACCACGCUCAGACGUCUUCAGGAAAAGGGCUACCAAGCCACUUCUGAACCAGAGACAAUGUCAGAAGCAUCUUAACUGGGCUGUGGAGAAAAAGAACUGGACUGUUGCUCAGUGGUCCAAAGUCCCCUUUUCAGAUGAAAGUAAAUUUUACAUUUCAUUUGGAAAUCAAGGUCCCAGAGUCUGAAGGAAGAGUGGAGAGGCACAGAAUCCAUGUUGCUUUAUAGUCCAGUGUGAAGUUUCCACAGUCAGUGAUGAUUUGGGCUGCCAUGUCAUCUGCUGGUGUUGGUCCACUGUGUUUUCUGAAGUCCACAGUCAACGCAGCCAUCUACCAGGAAAUUUUAGAGCACUUCAUGCUUCCUUCUGUUGACAAGCUUUAUGGAGAUGCUGAUUUCAUUUUCCAGCAGGACUUGGCACCUGCCCACACUGCCAAAGGUACCAAAAGCUGGUUCAAUGACCAUAGUGUUACUGUGCUUGAUUGGCCAGCAAACUCGCCUGACCUGAACCCCAUAGAGAAUCAAGAGGAAGAUGAGACACACCAGACCCAACAAUGCAGAUGAGCUGAAGGUCACUAUCAGAGCAACCUGGGCUCUCAUAACACCUGAGCAGUGCCACAGACUGAUCGACUCCAUGCCACGCCACAUUGCUGCAGUAAUUCAAGCAAAAGGAGCCCCAACUAAGUAUUGAGUGCUGUACAUGCUCAUACUUUUCAUUUUCAUACUUUUCAGUUGGCCAAGAUUUCUAAAAAUCCUUUCUUUGUAUUGGUCUUAAGUAAUAUUCUAAUAUUUUGAGAUACUGAUUUUUGACUUUCAUGAGCUGUAAGCUCUAAUCAUCAAAAUUAAAAGAAAUAAACAUUUGAAAUACAUCAAUCUGUGUGUAAUGAUUUAAUAUAAUAUACAAGUUUCACUUUUUGAAUGGAAUUAGUGAAAUAAAUCAACUUUUUGAUGAUAUUCUAAUUAUAUGACCAGCACCUGUAUAAGCAAUUAGUUGAACACUCAAAUCACUAAAUAAAAAGCUCAAAGCCAAUUCUAGUGAUUACAAUUUUAUUGAUGACAAUGGCAACAAUCUUUAACAUUUCAGACCAACAAUUCUCAGCAAAAAUCAAAAGUACAUUCAACAACUUUAACAGUUCAUGAUAGUUUUACCUCAAAGGCAUGCUCCAAAUUUCUCAGAUAGCCUCCGAUUUUCUCUUCGUUUUUAGACCCCCACGAAUUCUGUUGUGAACAAUUUGCUCAAAAGGAAACAUCUUGCAUGCAUACAAAACGAUAUGCAGCAAUGGAUAAAGACUAGGUUUAAAGAAACUGUUUAACUAACAAACAAAACCAGCCUGGCAAAUGUCUACUAAGAAAAAAAAGAAAAAGUUCCUGGUCAUGGUCCACCUGUACAGCAUUGAUGCACAUAAAAUCCCUACACUUAUCAACAAAAGGCAAAGAAUGUACUCAAAACAUUUCAUAGAACCAUUAGUCAACCAAUAAUACAGAGACAUAUGGCUACAUUUCUAUAAUCAAAACUAACUGGCAUCACCCUAACAGUAACAUUGACUUUGCAAUGACAGAUUCCUCGUGAUAUUUUUACCUUAUAAUUGGAGCCCUUGAACAGUCUACGUUCAGCGGAGGGACAGACUCAAAGGAUUCCUCCUUACGGACAAACUAGCUCAGGACCUGAUUCUACGAACUACGCCUGCAGCAUCUUCAACACUGUGAGUGAGAAUGAAGGCAGCAAUGUGGGAUAAACAUUAGCACUACAGAGGGGCAACAAGAAAGCUUGCAAACCAAUGAAACAUGAGCAUACAUACAGAGUACGUCAGUUAUCAGUGAGUGCAUUCAUAGGGCUAACUCUGGAUCAUUUCGCAUCUGCAUGCAUUGUGUAAGAGUAGAACAGAACCACACUAAACAGACUUACCAGGAAGCUAACAAAUGAGCAAGUCAAAUCAAAAUCACAUUGGUUUCAAUUAGAAAAAAAUAAAAACAAUUCUAGUUAGAUUUCAACAGAGGAAAAACAUUUGUGAACUACAGGUCAAGGCCAUGCAAUUUAUAUGGACACAACAAAAAAAAGCAUACUUCCAAGAGAUCUUAAUUCUGACAUUUGUGACGUGACGUACGUCAGUCUAUCUACUACGAGAGACAUCCUUCAUUAAAACAGCGGCACAAAUUGACCUCAGUUUCAAAGGUGAAAAGCAAUACACUAGAUCACAGGUUCAAUCGUUUUGAUUUCUUAGGAUACUCUUACCUGUGUUAUUGCUGCAGAACCUAAGGUGCAAGGUCAGGGAUGACACUGCAAGAUUAGACAUUGCACUGCUCACUAAUGAACAGUCAAAAUAAAAAAAAAUAAACUUGCAUCAAAUCGACAGCCUCAAUGACCUUAAAUCACAAACAGGCCAGGCACAGAUUUAGAAAUAGGACAUUAAUACUAGUUAACAUUUGAAAGAGGCCAUUUGCUGACGGUCUUUAUGGGCUAUGCAGUAUAAAACACUUGUCAAAUCACAAAGAGACAAAUUUACAUGUCUAGUCAAAGUUAAACCACACAUUCGCAGAUGGAAAAAGUUGCUGUUUCUACAGACGGACUGACUUGAACACAGUGGUACAGUUCACAGUUUCAUAUGAGAAGUCUGAGAGACAAGUCCUAAAUGACUAAAGCAGUGUCAACAUGGCAACGACUCAAUUUGUAAAUAUCACACAAUGCUGUUAUGGCAAAAAAUAACAGUCCAAUGUGAAAAAGGGUCAGGUCAUUAUUAUCUUGAACAUGUCAAAUCAAAAUUACAGCCCUGACAUACUUACCCAAAAAAGGGCAACAUUUAGAGAUUUAUAUACAUUGAGUUUCAUUCAGUCAAAGACAAUGCAUUGACAGCAAAAAACAAAUUGGGCCGCAAAAUGUACAUUUUGUACUUACAGUGGAGAGCUCAUUUCACUGGUGUAGGAGGCCAGAGUCUCCAAAAACCUAUAGGCCUAUAUUGGAGGAAUGCUAACAGACAAUGGGCAGACAAAAAAGUAGUCCAUGUUCGCAUUCGAGCUUUUUUAAUUGUAUCAAAAUGUUUUUUAAAAUGCCAGCAAUAUUGAUAGAAAUAUAUACACAAUUUGUGGAUUUUAGACAUGUAAAAUAUAGGAUGGGGACAAGUAAUUUCGCAAAACAUAACUGUUGAUCAGAACACUUGACCUGCCCUGUAAAAAAGCAGCAAACUUGGAGAACAAACUAAAAUACUUGCAACAUGAUUGCGGUCACAAUAUAAAAAGGAACAGUUUAUGUAAAGACGCAUACUUGCUUACCGCCUUCCUAAUCUCGCCUGUGAGGGAGGAAAUGUCUCUCAUUAACAGUACACACUACCUCAACAAACCAGGUGAAAUGCAGUACAAGAAUGAGCAACACUACAGCACUGAAGAGUUAUUGCAUGAGUCACAUACCUUGCCAACACCAAGCCACCUUGCCUUAGAUAACCUGCCUACACCUACAUCCACAGCAAUGACCAGUAAAAAAAAAGAAUGCAGCAUAAAAACAGAGCUGUCCAUGUCAAAUGAUCAAUGAUCUCUUAUUUGUGACUUUAAAAUAGACCAGGAAUCAAACUAAAAAUCAAGGGUAAUAGACAGUUGGAAAAAAAAAAAAAAAAAAAAAAAAAAAAAAACAGAA